AUGCACGCACCUUUCGAAGGACAGACGGACAGACAGCUGCUGGCGUCGCAGGGCCGCGAGCUCCGCUCUCAAAUGGGGCGAGUUCCCAGAUGCCGCUGCCCCCCCGGCUCCACCGGUGAGCGCUUCGCUGUGACCCGAGCAGAGACGUGUCAUGCUGGACGCGGCGCACUGCGAGGCUGCAGGGCUGGUGAUGCUCCCCGAGCAGAGGGCGUAUGGAGUGCCGCCUGGGUUAAUGGUCUAAUGACGCUUGGAUUUGCAGGUGCACGUCAACAGACUAAUCUCUGCAAUGAAUCUCUCAUGUUAGAAAAGUUGCCUGCCUGUGGAAAAUCCUUUGAAGAGAUGAUGAAGAAAGUGGACUCUAAAAAGUGGUGCAACCUGACAGAAUUUAUCAUGUAUUAUGACAACUUUACCCAGUGCACCGAACGUGAAGCCAACAAUGCGAGUUGCUUUUGGCCAAACCCCCUCGCAGAGGGCUUUAUCACUGGAAUUCAUAAACAAUUCUUUUCAAACUGUACUUCAGAAAAGGUUCACUGGGAAGAUCCACCAGAUGAAAUUCUGAUAACCCUGAUCUUGAUCCCAGUCAUGUUGACAUGUGCCAUGAUAACACUGGUAGUAUGGUGCAGCAAGAGAAGUGAUAUCCUGGUGUAA